AUGGUUGGAGCUUCUUUUAUAAGUCUGGGAAUCCCUUUACAUUUAGGGUCUUCAGCUGAAAACACUUCUCACCUGCUGAGGAGAGAAUUAACCCUCCGUCCUUUUAUUAAGGAAGCCAUGUCCAGCCGGCCAAUCAAAUUCAUAUCGAGUAAGACAGGGCAAGGAGGAAACUACCAUGGGAUGAACCUCCACACCCACAGAGUGUGUGACUGCAUGGUGUCUGACUCAGCUCUGUGUGAAGAGUCCGGCUUCGGCUCCACUGUGGAUCUUAUCAGCAGCUGUUCUCACACACAAUGCACCAGAAUUCACUGUCCUGCCUACAAACCAUGCCUCCCAAAAGACCCGGAGCCAAGCGAGGAUCCCAGGAAAGGGAGGGAAAGAAUGAAAUCAGUUUUCAAUGGUGUGCUGAAGAUCCUGCUCCUCUUUUUCCUUCUCUACUGCUUUGUUUGCUCCUUGGACACAUUGAGCUCUGCUUUUCAACUGGCCGGGGGUAAGGUGGCUGGAAAUAUCUUCCAGGACAAUGUAAUCCUGUCGAACCCGGUGGCUGGCUUGGUGGUUGGCAUUCUGGUCACAGUACUGGUGCAGAGCUCGAGCACUGCCACUUCCAUCAUCGUCAGCCUCGUCUCAUCUGGAUUGUUGGAAGUGAAGUCUGCUGUCCCUAUAAUAAUGGGCUCGAACAUUGGCACAUCCGUCACCAACACCAUUGUUGCUUUGAUGCAGGCUGGAGAGAGGAAUGAAUUUAAACGGGCAUUUGCUGGAGCUACAAUCCAUGAUUGCUUUAACUGGCUCUCGGUGCUGGUGUUGCUGCCUUUGGAGGUAGCCACAGGUUUGAUCAGCAUUUUGGCCCACGUCACUGUAUCCAGCUUCAACAUGCAGAGUGGCAAGGAAGCUCCAGAGCUACUCAAGGUCAUCACUGAUCCUGUUACAAAGCUUAUCAUACAGCUGGAUAAAUCUGUGAUCACUAGCAUCGCUAUGGGAAAUGAGAGCAUGAGGAACCAUAGCCUGGUCAAAGUGUGGUGCAGCAAAAUGCUAACAGUAAAUAUGACAGUGAGUGUUCCUCAGAAUUGUUCCUCAGUAUUGAACUGUGGGAAGAAUGGAGAUUUCGGUGUACCAGUUAAUGCAGAGAGAUGCUUCCACAUGUUUGCUAACACCAAAUUGUCUGAUCUGUCUGUGGGUCUGAUUCUGUUGGCUGGAUCUCUGCUGGUGCUCUGUUCAUGCCUCAUCUUUAUUGUCAAGGUCCUCAACUCGGUACUAAAGGGUCAAGUUGCCCGGGUCAUUCAAAUGGUCAUUAACACAGAUUUUCCAUACCCCUUCGGCUGGUUGACAGGAUACUUGGCCAUGAUUGUCGGGGCAGGAAUGACUUUCUUGGUGCAGAGUAGUUCAGUCUUCACCUCUGCCAUCACACCACUCAUCGGGCUUGGAGUGAUCAGUCUGGAGAGGGCAUACCCUUUGACUCUGGGCUCCAACAUUGGCACCACUACUACUGCAAUUCUUGCUGCACUGGCAAGCCCUGGAGACAAGCUGUUUGCUGCCUGCCAGAUUGCUCUGUGCCAUUUCUUCUUUAACGUGUUUGGAAUUCUUCUGUUGUACCCACUGCCCUUCAGCCGUGUGCCCAUACACAUGGCAAGGGCUUUGGGCGAGCGCACAGCUAAGUACCGGUGGUUCGCUGUGCUUUAUCUCCUGCUCUGCUUCCUGCUCCUUCCUGCCCUUGUCUUCGGUCUCUCUAUGGCCGGAUGGCAUGCCAUGGUAGGUGUGGGGGCUCCAUUUGCUGGAGUCGCCUCCUUCAUCAUCUUGGUGAACCUGCUGCAAUCACAUAGCCCCACCCACCUGCCCCGAUGGCUAAGGAACUGGGACUUCCUGCCACUAUGGAUGCACUCGCUUAAACCCCUGGACAAACUUAUUACCAAAUCCACAGCUCUUUGCUGCCAGUCCCCCAAGUCCAACGCAACCAGUCUUGACCCUGAAGCUGCAACCAUGCCCAGUACUGCUAACAUAAAACCAGAAUCCGUGGCAUCUCAGAGAAAGGCUGAACUAUCAUACGACAACCCUGCACUUUCGUUUCAGAAAGAGUCACCUCCACAGCCACGGGUGUUCAAGUUGAAGGGGCUAGAACGGUGCAACAGUACACCACUUUAAAAAGGAUAUUAAUAAGUAAUACCCUACAGCUACUGCGUCUUCCUCAGGCCCAAAGUGACACAGCUCAAUUUUUAACAAGACUAAUUUGUGCUGUUUGUGCAAUAAACUUAUCCUAUAUUGCAGUUUUCACAACUUCCUAAUUCAUCCAACUUUGCCACGUAUUAGUCUGUGUACACAAUUGGGUAAUUGUUCUGUAUGAAAAACAUAGGGAUCAGGGUUUCUACUCGUUGGGUUGUGAGUUCAAACCCUAAAAGUGCCAAGCUGCCACAUCAGGUUAAAAGUACCACUUUGAUGAGCAAAUGUAAAUUUAGUUUAAAAAGUGGCUUCAUAAAGUGGCUUUAUGGAAUCAGUCAUGUCAAUCAGACAAUGGCUGAACACUUUGACGCAGAGACAUUUAAAUCUACUUGUAUCUGUAGCCUCAGGCUUAAGAGGCAGAUGUUUUUACUAGAUACUGUAAAUUUUACCUGUAGGGGUUGCUGUGCUACCUAGUCUCAUAUAAGUGUGCUUAGCUUUAUAAAUUGCAAUUGAAUCGUGCUGCUGUAUAGAGAAUGGCAACGUUAAAGUAAUUGUUCAUCAAUAAGAUGGAUUUGUGCUGUUUAAAGAAGCAUAGACCCGGGCCAAUACGUGCCUAGUGUUUUAAACAUGCAUGAUUGAAAGGCCCAGAUAAUAGUCUUGCAUAACUGACAGUCCAAUUUUUGGGCCCUACAAAAAAAAAAAAAAAAAAUGUAUAAAAUGGCAACAAAUGCAACAAAA